GCCAUGCCUAACCUCUAGUUCCGGGAGAUUGUUGCGAGGGACGAGCUUUGCGGCUGCUGAAAGGGGUUGAUCUGGGAGGAACCCCAGGGUGCCUGGACUGCUCCAGCUACUGGUACUCACUCCGAUGUGGCAGACUUGUCUGAGGGAGUGGGCGCCCUUAUGCUUAUUCAGCCCAUCCCAGCAGAAGACUGCCGCCCUCCACCGCUACUGAGGACUGGACUGCAGCUAAUGGGUGGUGCCAAAAGAUCUAAUGGAAUAUUUGACGUCAAGUAGGUGUACCUGAACCCUUCUAUCUAACUACACUGCCCUUCUGCCAGUCCCCUUGCACUGUCAAAUCUGUGAACCAAGGUCCAGACUUUGUGGAGAACAAUUGCACAGCCAGAUUGUCACCCACCAAAUCUUCCCUUUUGACAGCGCAGGGGUCACAGAGGUGUAGCUGAAGACCAGCAGGCAGAAGCCCUCCCACUCACGCCCGGAGGAGGCGCCCCCGGGUCCUCGGAACAGGGGCCUGCGCGGGACCCGCCUUCCUGAAUUCGGUCAUUUUUUUCCCGUCUUUGGAGGGAAGUGAGAUCAAAUGGAUGUUGGUGAGUACCCCAUGGCAGCAGUUCGUUUGCUCAGAGUGAAUUAUAACUUGGAAGCCUUCUUUAGAAUGAAGAGGAACAAUUUAUCUCUUGUGAAUAAAAUCGUCCGAUCUUCACCAGCAGUGAAACAACCAAAAGUUGGCUUCUUCUCUUCUCUCAAUCACACCCACAUGCACACUGUCCUUCUAGACUGGGGGAGUUUGCCUCACUAUGUAGUAUUACGCAUUUUUCAGUAUCUUCCUUUAAUAGAUCGGGCCCGGGCGUCUUCCGUAUGUAGGAAAUGGAAUGAAGUUUUUCAUAUUCCUGACCUUUGGAGAAAGUUUGAAUUUGAACUGAACCAGUCAGCGACUUCAUAUUUUAAGUCCACACAUCCUGAUCUCAUUCAGCAGAUCAUUAAGAAGCAUGCUACCCAUCUCCAGUAUGUUAGCUUUAAGGUGGAUAGUAGUACUGAAUCAGCGGAAGCUGCCUGCGAUAUCCUUUCUCAGCUGGUAAAUUGUUCUGUCCAGACCUUGGGCUUGAUUUCAACGGCCAAGCCAAGUUUUAUGAAUGUGUCAAAGUCUCAUUUUGUGUCAGCACUUACAGUUGUCUUUGUCAACUCAAAAUCAUUAUCAUCGAUCAAAAUUGAAGACACACCAGUGGAUGAUCCUUCAUUGAAAAUUCUUGUGGCCAAUAAUAGUGAUACCCUAAGACUCCUAAAAAUGAGUAGCUGUCCGCAUGUUUCCUCUGAUGGAAUCCUUUGUGUAGCUGAUCGCUGUCAAGGCCUUAGAGAACUGGCAUUGAAUUACUACAUUCUAAGUGAUGAACUUCUCCUAGCACUUUCAAGUGAAACUCAUGUUAACCUAGAGCAUCUCCGAAUUGAUGUUGUGAGUGAAAAUCCUGGGCAAAUUCAAUUUCAUUCUAUUAAAAAACAAAGUUGGGAUGCACUUAUCAAACACUCCCCUGGAGUGAAUGUUGUUAUGUAUUUCUUUUUAUAUGAAGAAGAAUUUGAGGCAUUCUUCAAAGAAGAAACCCCUGUUACUCACCUUUAUUUUGGUCGCUCAGUAAGUAAAGCGAUUCUAGGACGGAUAGGUCUUAACUGUCCACGACUAAUUGAGUUAGUGGUAUGUGCUAAUGGUCUUCAGACUCUUGAUACUGAGCUUAUUUGUAUUGCUGAACACUGUAAAAACUUAACAGCCUUGGGCCUCAGUGAAUGUGAAGUUAGCUGCAGUGCAUUCAUUGAAUUUGUAAGACUGUGUGGAAAAAGGCUAACCCAGCUCUCUGUAAUGGAAGACGUUUUGAUCCCUGAUGAUGAGUAUAGCCUAGAUAAAGUUCACACUGAGGUCUCCAGACAUUUGGGAAGAAUGUGGUUCCCCGACGUCCUGCCUGUCUGGUGAUUGGCUACCAAAGAUUCUUAAUUUUUUAAAAAUUAUUAAAAUUAGCUUCUUUCUUUCUAUGCA